AUGGCUAAAGUUGCCGGCGAUGUUGACGAUCUCAGUAACGGGGACGAAGAUGAAACACUUACAGUACUACAGAAAGAGUACGAGUCUGAAGACUCUAUCGGGAAAAACAUACAAAACCCACAAUUUGCCAAGCUCCUUGGCAAAAUGUUUCGCAAUCGUUUGCCAGACAAAGUCCUUAAAGAGAAGCUCGAGUGACAAGCUCGACCGGAAAACUGUGAAACUGUAAAACCCACACGUGUCAACCUGGGUAUUUGGCGAAAACUUCGUGAGCAUACGCAAAAGAGGGACUUACAACUGUACAAGAUGCAGCAAGCCCUCGUUAAGGGUAUAAUCCCGGUUGCCCGGUUGACAGACCUGACCAUGUCAGAAAAGCAUGGGUUAGACAAAGAGGGCACGCAGCUGAUCAAGCAAUUUGGGCUUGAUGCCCUGUCAUUACUAACGCAUGUAAACUAUGAACUAAACAUGCAGCGAAAACAGCUCAUGAAAUCUGACAUUGGCAAAGACUACGCCGCCCUUUGCACACCUCAUGUACCGUUCACAGACCUGCUUUUUGGUGACGACCUCCAAAAGCAGUUGAAGGACAUAGGUGAUGUAAACAAGAUUGGUGCAAAGGUUCAAAACCAUAGAGGAUCUCAGAGGAAUCUUUCUGGUUACAGCAGCAGCAAUACAAACAGACACACUUUUUCUCAACGGAAUCCAAAAAACUCCAAAGGCCAAACAUUCAGACCUUAG